AUUGAUUGGAUGGUUCUUUCUUCAGUACACUUAACCUUCAAUUUAUUUGUAGGGUCAUUACUUGCAAUACUUAAAUGCUCUUUAUCAUGAUGAUUAUGUUGCUACUUUAGACAACCUGCACUGCUACUUCGACAACAUGUAUAGAUUUGUAUGUGCCUUUUGACUUUUGGUUGAAUCUAGAGUUGGAGUAAAUUCUUCAUGGAGUGGUUAUAAUAAUUUGACAUUAUGUUAAUUAUUCAUCCUCAUGUUUGUUUACAUGAGAGUGGACGUUGAUUUACCUAAGCACACAAUAAAGCAUGGAAAAGGCUGGGAUAGUGCACAAGGCUCAAUCAUUGCCCUGGAAAGGCUUCAUAUACACUUUAGAGAUAUGAUAUUUUGAUAUUUGUUCCCAACUAAAAGUCAGAAAUCGUGGAAGUUUUAUUCAAUUGAUGAAUGGGGUUCAUAUCAGAUCUUUUAUUGGUAUCAUGUUUUCUAGAAGAAUAGCAUGGCUAAAUAAUAUGCUACACUAUCCCUGUUUGUUCUAUUGAAUGAGACACAUUGCUACAAUGAUAUUGUUUUACUUAGAAACUAACUGUCUGUACAUUAUUAUAUCAUUUUCAAGCCUCCUAAUUUUUGUUUUGUUUCCAUAUAUAGAUAUUUCUACAGUCAAGAACCUUCAAAAUCUAUUUUUUGGUUUCAGUUAUUCUCACUAAAUGAAGUAUUUCCCCUUAAUAAUGGAUCUUUGAUUGAUAUUGUCUCAUCAUAGCAUCAAAUGAUUCCCACUGUCAUGUUUUUAUUUUCAUUUUCUUCUGAAAGUUAAGAAAACAUAUAAUAUUUUAAACUCAAUUUUUCUUGCAGUUGUUAAACCCACAUCGUUGUAUUCAUAAUAUCUUGUGUUGUCUUUAUGUGCAUGCUUCAUUUUAUCAAUUUAACAUGUAUAUUCUGUUUUUACAAAUUCAUCCAACGGGCUUUCCCUUCAUUAAUUCCAUCUUAGUAAUUCUUCAUGUAAUGGGAAUCACAUUUGGUAUAGUUUCAUGAAUUAUAUUCUUAAUGUGCAUUACUAUUAACCAAUAUUUUACAAUGGUAUCUUUGAAAAUAAGAAGCCAUGUUUUCUAAUUGGAUACUUCCCCCUAAAGUGUAGAGAUGGAAGGACUUUUUAACAGAUCAGCUGCUUCAUCCUCUGAAUUUUAGGUUGGGAAAUAUGAAACUGCUUUGCUAUGUCUGGGCUUGCGCAUAGUCAUUUUGGCCAUCCUUUGAAAGCUUUGGAGGCUUAUUUUAGCCUUUUUGAUGACCAUGGAGGUAAGGGAGCUGUUGAAUUUGCUUCAAAAAAGAUGGGAGAGUACAUUGUGGGUGAAGUGUUGUCGAGCAACAGGGAAGGCUUCAAUGAUGUAGAUCGAGCUAUUUGGGAUGGAGACUUGAAAACUGAUUUAGAGUUCCUAAAGGAAGGAAUGGAUGGAGGGGCUUCUUGUUUCACUGCCUUGCUUAGAGGUGGCAUUUUGGUAGUGUCUAAUGCUGGUGAUUGUCGUGCUGUAUUGUGCCACUCUGGUAAAGUAGAGGCCCUUACAUCUGAUCGCUGCCCUUCUCGUGAAGAUGAAAGGCAACAAAUUGCAAGCACCAUAAGUAUACUAUCUAUAAAAUUUUGUCUAGAUUUGUUCUUAUAGUUGUUUCGCAAUAUCUUUAGAAAAUGCUUUUGAAGUAAUUACUCAAAAGUAAUAUUACAUUAGCUCAGAUUAGGAACUUUAUUCCAAAUAACAUUAUUAUAAUAACAAUCUGAAUUCAAAAAUAAGGGACUUAUGUAU